AUGGUCAAGCGCCGCCCCGCCCGCGCUGCCACCAAGGCUCCAGCGCCCUCCCCAUCCACCCCACGCAAGCGCAAGGACCCGGCUGAGUCGUCCCCUUUGUGGCUGUCAAUCUGCUCCGAGUUCCUGCCGAAUGCGCUGGUGAUCACCGUCGCGGCCGCCGCUGUCUGGUUCGAGUUCACGACGGGGGAGGUUUACGUGCAGUCCCCGUGGCUCCAGACGCUGCUCAAGCGCUCGUUCAUCGUCUGGGUCUGCUUGGCUGUGCGUACGCAGCUUACGGACUUCGUGACGCCGCCGGCACUCGCGCGUCGCCCGCCGUCACUCAGGAAGGAGGCGGUCCGCCACGCCCGAGCGCUGUUCGCCGCCGUCGCUGCCAAUUUACUGGGAACGACCAUCAUCCGCCCGGUUUUCGGCGCCGCCCCGCAAUUUGAAGAGACCGUGAGACUCGUGGUGCCCAUUUACUUCCUGGUCGAGGUGGUGCUGGAUGGUCUUCGAAUUCCCUUGCCUUUGCUGAAGGCAGUCGUGGGGCUGAGUGUCAGCUGGUUGAAGGCUGUCACGAUCCCCAAGCUGGUGAUGGAGUGGCACACGAAUACGGAUGCGCACCCGCUCGGGUUCCUUGCCAUCUCCACUGCCAAUCUGUAUGCCAGUGGCUUAGUGCUGCGCUACCUGACAAACUACGGCCGGACACAUCGCGUUUUGGAUUUGUCCCUGGGCGCCUUCGCCUUCAUCCUGCAGAUUGUUGGAACCAGUGCAGUUAUUGGCGUUGUAGCACACGUUGCGAACCAUUUCGUUACGAAUGAAGAACGAAUGAUGGAGGCUCGUGUACUCUACUUUUGCGUGGCUUGGUUCGCGCUGGACAAGUACUGGAAGAAGGCUCUUGGUGAUCUUCUUGUCCAGCUGCUCACGUCCCCCGCCAAGUCGAAAACAAACUAG